AUGUCACAGCUAGACUCCUCGAGCGGUCGCUCGUUGAGGAUCCUCAUUGCGAACCGCGGUGAGAUUGCGCUGCGCAUCCAGUCAUCCAUCCUCCAACUGGGCCAUGUUCCCUUGGGCGUGUACACGGCCCAAGAAGGCCACAACGCACCUCACCUUCGCCACCUGGCGGUCUCGUCGUGUAUUCUGAUUCCAGGCCAUGGUGCAGCCGCGUAUCUUGACAUUCCAGCAUUCAUCGCGGUCGCCAGAGCAGCGUCGGCGGACGCCGUCAUCCCUGGGUACGGCUUCCUGUCCGAGUCGCCUGCGUUUGCCCAAGCCGUCCUCGAUGCAGGCAUGAUGUGGAUGGGACCCCGGCCCGAGACUCUCAGUCUCUUUGGUGACAAGUACCGCUCCAAGCAGUUUGCCGACGAGUGCGGCGUGCCCAUCCUCAAGUCGACUAAAGCCAAUGCGAGCCUCGACGACAUCCGCGCGUUUGCGACCACGCUCCCGGCUGGAUCAAAGGUGCUCCUCAAGGCUCUUGAGGGUGGCGGUGGACGCGGCAUUCGCAUUGUCAACGAUCUCACCAGCCUCCAGGCCGAAUAUGACAGUUGUCGCCGCGAGGCCAUGCUCGCGUUUGGCAGCGACAAGGUCUUCGCCGAGCCGUUCCUUCAGGGUGCGCGACACAUCGAGGUCCAGGUUGUGGGCGACGGCAAAGGUGGUGCGCGCGAUGUCGGCGAGCGAGAGUGCAGUCUGCAAAGGCGCAACCAAAAGCUCAUUGAGCUGUGUCCCUCCCCAACACUGGUUCACCUCCCCGGCCUCCGCAAGGCCAUCAUCGAGUCGGCGCUCACGAUGGCCAAGAAGGGCAAGCUCCUGAGUCUCUCAACAUUUGAGUUUCUUGUCGUCGCAGAGGCCGGCCAGUUUUACUUUCUCGAGUGCAACCCUCGCCUCCAGGUUGAGCACACCGUCACCGAAGAGGCGUACGGAAUCGACCUCGUCGCGACCCAGAUCAACCUUGCGCUCGGUGCGCCUCUGUCUGCCGUCCUCCCGCCCAUACCACCGAUCGCGCCUCGUGCUGCCCUGCAGUUGAGAAUCAACGCUGAGCGAUACCAGCCAGACGGCAGUGCGGUGGGCACAACGGGUACUCUCCGUACUUUCCUGCCUCCAGGCGGACCUGGGAUCCGCGUCGACACUGCGGCUCACCCCCCGCUCGCUACAGGCUCCUACAAGCAAGGCCUUGACUUUGACUCGCUACUCGCCAAGAUUAUCAUUGUCGGCCCCGACUAUACUAGUACAAUCUCCAAGGCCAGACGUGCAUUGGAGCAGCUCCGCAUCGCCGGUGUGCAGACAAACCGUAGUUUGCUGCUUGCCCUCACCGAGGACCAAGGCGUCGUGGACAACCAAGGUGUCAGCACCCGCUACGUUGAGAUCAACGCCGGUCGGUUCUACGAGCGUGUUCAACUCCUCGAGGCACAGUGGCACGAGGACGAGAGCCACGCCUCGGCGGGAGUCGAAGAUGAGGCGGUCAAGACCCUCCCACCGGCUGGCUCUGGACAAGCGUACAUCAAGGCCCACCUCCCUGGCCGUAUUGUCACACUCUCUCUCAAGCAGGGCACCAAGAUCAACAAGGGCGACCAAGUAGCCAUCCUCGAGAGCAUGAAGAUGGAGCACACAGUUACCUCGGAGGUCUCGGGCACGAUCCUCAAGACGUACGCGGAGGAAGGCGGCCAACUCGCCGACGGUGAGGCCUUGGCGCUUAUCGAAGUAGACGAUGGUGCCUCCGACUCUGGCGCGGCGACUGCAGCCAACGCCCAGGUCGACCUCGACUCCAAGCCUGACUCGCUCCUCGAGCUCGAAAGGGUCCGCGCAGAACUGGAAGAUGACAGCCCCAUCCGCGCAAAGGCAACCAAGAGGCGACGCGACCGCAACUUCCGUACGGCGCGCGAGAACCUUGCCCAGCUGGUGGACAGCGGCUCGUUUACCGAGUAUGGCGACCUUGCACUCGCCGCCCAAAGGACCCGUCUCUCGCCGCAAGCGCUGGCCGCGACGCGCAAUGACGGUGUCAUUGUCGGCUGGGGCAAGGUCAAUGGCGGCCGCUGUGCUGUGGUCAUGUACGACUAUGGCGUGCUGGCCGGUACGCAGGGAUACUUCCACCACGUCAAGCUGGACCGUAUCUUCGAGUCGGUGCUGCACAACCCCGCCCCCGUGAUUGUGUACGCGGAAGGUGGUGGCGGGCGGCCGGGCGACGUCGACUUGGUGCACCAAAAGGUGGCUGGGCUGAAUACGCCGUCCUUUAUCCUUGCUGCCAGGUGUAAUGCGCGCGGUAUUCCCAUCAUCGGUGUCGCCAACGGAUACCUUUUCGCUGGAAACGCUGCUCUACUGGGAACCUCGGACUUCAUCAUCGCGACUACCAACAAAGGCACCUCUAUCGGUAUGGGUGGUCCAGCCAUGAUUGAAGGUGGCGGUCUGGGCGUGUACGAGCCCGACGAGGUGGGGCCCGUCCGCGAAUCGCACAUGAGCAACGGCAACGUCGACGUGGUGGUGUAUGACGAGGCUGAGGCGACCACGGUGGCCAAGGCUCUUGUGGGAUACUUUAUGAAACCACCCAUCAAGGCAUUCACCUCGGACUCGCACUGGUAUAACAAGGACGCUCGCUUGUUCCGCCACACCAUCCCGACCGACCGGAAGCGCGCAUACGACAUGCACCAUAUUCUCAACCUCAUCGGGGAUGACGGCACCGACUUCUUUGAGAUCGGCCCACACUGGGGGCAGUCGCUCAUCACAGGCUUCCUCCGUGUCCAAGGCCAGACAGUCGGUGUGGUAGCGAGCAGCGUGCUUAGCCAGCUGGGCGGCGCGAUUGAUGCCCAGUCGGCCCGCAAGGCGAUCCGCUUCCUCAACAUUCUCACCAAGACCCGCGUCUGCCACCUCCUCGCCCUGUGCGACACGCCGGGCUUCAUGGUUGGUCCAGCGGCCGAGAAAGAAGGCGGCCUCCGCGCGUUUGCCGAGUACUUUGCGGCGUCGGCGGCCUUUGUCGACGCCGGCGGUCGCGUGUUUGGCGUCACGGUGCGCAAGGCGUACGGAUUGGGCGCACAGGCUUUGCUCGGAGGCUCGACGACAGUCCCCUUCCACAGUGUCGCGUGGCCCACGGGCGAGUUUGCGGGCAUGGGCAUCGAGGGCGCCGUCAAGCUCGGCAUGCGCAAGGAACUCGAGAUUAUCAAUGACCCCGAGGAACGCAAACGGGCCGAGCAAGGGUUCAUUGAUGAGAUGUACACGCGCGGACGAGCGAUCAACAUGGCUCAGUGUACGGAGAUUGACUCGGUCAUCGAUCCUGCAGAGACUAGAGACUGGGUCGUGCGGUGCUUGGCAUCUGUUGAGCCCAGAAGUGGCUUUGACGGGUUCAAGCGCAGGGGACCGAGGUUGUAG